AUGGCGACUUUUGCAGCCUCCAAGAAAUCCAGAAGCGCAUUUUCACCGCCUCGGCCGGGGAAGUCAAAGAUUACCAAAUCUACGAAAGAGAAGGGCGCAAAUACAAAGAGCUCAGGAGUACACAAACAGCAGCGGAAAGCCAAGGUAGGACAGACGCAGAAGCAAUCACGAAAGCCGAAUCGAAAAGGCGCAGCAGGGACGAUGAGGGCCAUUCUAGGAGAGGCAAGCUCAGACUCCGACCCAGAAGACGAGGAUGAAGACGGUGCCGGGUCGGAAGACGACGAGACUAUGGACGCCGCGGGCGACGAAGAUGAGGAUGAUGACGACGACGACGCAGAUGAAGACGAGGACGAAGAAGAAGAAUCCCUGGCUCCGGACCCUAGCCUCAAUAUGUCUUCGCCCGAACCCGACUUCAUCCUCGCCGAAGUCACAGCGAGGAAACCCAAUGCGAGUUCAACAUCUGCCGCCGCAGACCCCGCUAUACCUCUGCCGCUCAUACACAGGAUAAUGCACGCACACUUCUCAUCCCCUGAGCGGACGUCUCUCUCUUCCGACGCGAGACAGCUGGUAGGGAAAUACACCGAGAUCUUCGUUAGGGAAGCGAUCAGGCGGUGCGUGGAUGACAAACGAGAGCGCGCCGCGCACGGCAACGGCAGCGGGGGUGGAGCGCGCGACGGUGGUGUCGUGGUAGGGGACACGGGGUGGCUUGAGGUCGAGGACCUAGAGAGGAUCGGCGUGCAGUUAUGUUUGGAUUUCUGA